CUUUUUCCACGAAAAAAAUUGCCUUUUCAAUCUCCCCAUUACCAAAUAAUUUAAAAUAAAAUUAAAAAAACUAAAACUUGCAUUCCCCCAAUUCAAAUAAUUUUUCCAAUCUGUAAGACAACCGCAUUGCUAACCUUUGCUUUGGUUUUCAGCUUCUGGGUUGUGCUGCAUUUUCCCUUUGGCGUCAAGUUUUUGUCUUGGUGGCUGUUGAAGACCAGGUUUCUUUGAAGGUUGAUAGUCAGUGUUCAGGAGUUGGUCGAUUAGCCUGGAGUGACAUUUUGAAGCAGUGUUUUUAGGGUUCUUGAUUGUAGAUUCUUGGAGAAUUUUGGCAUUUCUGGUGAAUUUUUCUGUAGAUUUAUGAAUAGUUGUCUAAUUUUGAGAUAGGAUUGGGUAUUUUCUUGAGUAGAUAUGGAUGUGUAGCUACACUGUACAUUUUCUUUGAAAUAUUAAGUCACAGAAAAAAAUGAGUUCAGUUUCGCCAUCUUCGACAGCAGCAUCACCCGAUUCACCAACAACCACUUCACCACCACCUACAACAUCAAAAACUAACCAGACCACUGACUCCCCACCGCCUUCAACGCCUGCAACUCCUUCUACCCCUUCAGCACCACCCCCUCUAUCCCCUCCUCCAGCUGUCCCUGCUGCCCCUCCCCCAUCGCCACCUGCAUCGCCACCACCGUCAACAACUCCUCCUCCUUCUACUUCACCACCACCAUCACCGCCGCCAUCACCACCAAUUGCUCCACCUCCCUCGCCACCAACAACACCCCCACCAUCGCCUCCUGCUGUUGCUUCCCCUCCCCCCAAAAGUCCACCCCCUCCACCACCGGUGGUUGUUUCUGCUCCUCCUCCGCAGGCCAGCCCAUCACCUCCAGCCGCUGCACCUCCAACCCCUACACCUCCUCAGACUAUUGCACCAUCUCCGCCUCCUCCAGCUAAAAACCCAUCACCACCUUCCUCCAAUUCUCCACCUCCACCUGUGUCAAACCCACCUAAAAGUGCUCCUUCACCUCCUGCAGUUUCAACUCCACCACCUGCAUCUGGAUCUGCUCCUCCACCGGUUACAAGAUCACCCCCUCCAUCCACAUUGUCGCCACCAGCUCCUUCAGUUCCCUCAUCCUCUUCUCCGCCUGCAGUUUCACCUCCUGCUCCUCCGAGUAAUUCAUCUACAACUGGAACUCCUAGUACUUCACCUUUACCAGCCAUACCAACGGAGAAACCAACAGCAGAAUCAACUAAUCGUACUGGUGCUGCAGCGAAUACUUCAUCCAGCAAUGCAGGGGCUUUAGGCCCUGCAGGUGCUGUAGCAAUAGGCAUCACAGUGGGGCUUUUGUUACUAAGUCUUCUUGUCAUGGCUGUGUGGUUUUCACGGAAACAGAAGAGAAAGAGAGCUGGAUCACACAUUGGUUACAAUAUGCCUUCUCCUUUUGCAUCCUCACAGAAUUCAGAUGCAGCGUUUCUGAGGCCAUAUUCUCCAACUCCCCUUGGAGGAAUUGGUUCCCAAAGUGGUUUCAUAUAUUCACCACCAGAGUCGAGUGGAGUAAACAAUUCAAAGUCUGGGUUCACUUAUGAAGAAUUAGCUCAGGCCACAAAUGGGUUUGCAGCACAUAAUGUUUUGGGUGAAGGUGGAUUUGGUUGUGUAUACAAAGGUGUCCUGACUGAUGGAAGAGAAGUAGCUGUGAAACAGUUGAAGAUAGGUGGUGGUCAGGGAGAGCGUGAAUUCAAAGCAGAAGUUGAGAUCAUUAGCCGAGUACAUCAUCGUCAUUUGGUUUCACUAGUGGGUUACUGUAUAUCUGAGCAUCAAAGGUUGCUUGUCUAUGAGUAUGUCCCGAACAACACUCUUUACUACCAUCUCCAUGCUGAAGGCAGACCAGUGAUGGAUUGGGCAACCAGAGUCAAGGUUGCUGCCGGUUCAGCUCGUGGGAUAGCUUAUCUACAUGAAGACUGUCAUCCUCGCAUUAUUCACAGAGAUAUUAAGUCCUCAAAUAUUCUUCUCAAUAACAAUUUUGAAGCUAAGGUCGCAGAUUUUGGGCUUGCAAAGAUAGCAUUGGAACUGGAUUCAAAUACACAUGUAUCUACACGUGUAAUGGGAACCUUUGGAUACAUGGCUCCUGAAUAUGCAACAACUGGAAAGCUGACUGAAAAGUCUGAUGUUUAUUCAUUUGGGGUUAUGCUUUUGGAGCUAAUUACAGGCCGCAAGCCUGUUGAUGCCUCUCAGCCAUUAGGUGAUGAGAGCCUGGUUGAAUGGGCUCGACCAUUGCUUGCUAAAGCACUUGAACAUGAGAAUUUCGAAGAAUUGGUGGAUCUGAGGCUGGAAAAGAACUAUGUUGCUAGUGAAAUGUUUCGGAUGAUUGAGGCAGCUGCUGCUUGUGUUCGUCAUUCAGCUGGAAAAAGACCAAAAAUGAGUCAGGUUGUGAGGGCUUUAGACUCAUUAGACGAGUCAUCAGAUCUCAGUAAUGGAAUGAAACCCGGCCAAAGUGAAAUUUAUAAUUCAGCACAACAUUCUGCACAAAUCAGAAUGUUUCAAAGGUUGGCAUUUGGUAGUCAAGACUACAGUUCAGACUUUUACAACCAAUUACAGAGUAGCUGGAGAAGUCGAGAAUCUCGAGACUACGGGAGCCAGAGUACCUUUAUACCUUAAAUGCAUCGAGAAUAUGUGGCAACAGAAACAACUUUAAUGCUUCCCUUUGACUCCCCGUUACAAAUUCCCAACACAUGAUUGGAAAUCAGAAACACCUUGUUCCAGGAAUAGGGUUCUGAUAUUCCUCAAUUUUAGAAUGAGAUUUGAGCCCCAGGUAGACUGAGAUCUUGACACUAGGGCCUCCUGCUCGUUUCUUGUACAAUCUCAUUUAUGCAUUUUUCUUCUAAUUUUUGUUCUGACCUAAUACGAUCGAGUUGCAGGAAUGUGCCUGAUUUUGUAUUCUUUGUUAUAGUGCAGUUUCCAUUCAUAUCUGUAUUUGUUAAUACGGUUAUUAGUAUAAUAUAUAUGUUUUUAUUCUUUUAAA